UCAUGUGGAGUAAUACGAAAUAAGAGGCAAAGUCUUUACGUCCGCCUUUACGACUUCACGUCUUCACGUCUUCACGUCUUUACGUCUUAAUGUCUUUACGUAGAAAUCACAACAGUUUGUUUGUGUUUUAUUCUAUUUUUCCUCUUUAUUUCCUUAGGGUUGUCAUGGGUGACGAUGCACUUAACUUCAAAGUACGAAGUACCCUUCGCGUGCGGUUUGUUAAUGUCCAUUCUUGUAAAGUGAACCGGAAAAAUUGAAAGCAAUAUUGUUUCAGCAUAAAUUACCCAAAGCCAUUUUCCUUCUGGGCAGCUGCAAGAAUAAUACAUGUAUACACAAAAGGUACACGGUAUAUAUAUUCCCAGUCAGUGAGCAGGAAGGGACUGAUGAGUUCAGCAUCACUUUAUAAUGAUGAACAUAUCAAACCAAGGUGACAACAAGAGCUUUGAAGAAGCAACGCGUUGCUGCAGGCAUUUAGACGUAUUUUUCAGCAAAGCCGAUGACGAUGUCAUUCUGUUGUCGGACACAAUCGUCUGUGUGAUUAAUUCUGUAUUUAGUGUAAUCGCUGUGUUUGCCAACAUACUCAUCUUGUACGCCCUGUACAAAGCCUCGUCACUACAUCUUCCGUCUAAAGCAUUGCUGUGCAGUCUCGCUCUGUCUGAUCUGGGAGUCGGCGCCAUAGUACAGCCAUUAUUUGUAGUCUACAGAUGGGCGCAGAUCAAAGGUAUUCUUCACGAAUAUUGCACUGAAGGAAUUUUCGCUCAUAUCGAAGGAAGUUACUUCUCGGCUGUUUCAUCUCUUACCAUGACAGCUAUCAGUAUCGACCGACUUCUUUCGUUAGUCCUUCGUGUCCAAUAUCAAUCCAUUGUCACUCUGAGAAGAGUUCUUUUCCUACUAGCUUUAAUUUGGAUCACUGGGGGUGUAUGGUCGUCAACUUGGACCAGAAAACAGGAUAUGUACUCGCUUGUAGGCAUCAUAUAUAUUCCAGUCUUUUUUUCCGUAACGUUUUGCGCUUACUUAAAAAUCUAUUUGUGCCUUCGCAAGCAAGCCUGUAGGAUGGGAAGGCACGUGAACCCACUGAGAUGCAUUAGAAAAACGCAUGGCAUGAACUUCGCUCGCUACAAGAAGUCCGUUGUGAGCAUGUUUUAUCUAUUUUGCGCAUCCGUGGUCUCUUUUCUGCCAUAUCUAUGUCACAAACUUGCUGUAGCCAUUUCUGGAUGGAAUACUUCAACUUCGGUUUUAUUUAGCUUUGCUCUGACCAUGGUUUACCUGAACAGUUCUGCGAAUCCUUUGAUAUACUGCUGGCGAAUUUCAGAACUGAAACAAAUUGUACUCAAUGUUCUCUGUCGUAAUCGUUCAGCAGUGAAACAAGUCAAGUUCGUAACUUCUAAGGAACAAGUAAAAAUUUUGUCCUAGAAUGAUGACUCUGAAGAUAUAAGUUUCUAAACUUGAAGGUAAUUCUGGGAUAAAAGACAUAAGAUUGUUCAUAUUACUUGACGGAAGUGAUUGUAAGAAUCCGGUGCCACAGCUAAUUAAGCUGUGCAAUUCUUAGAUUUACAGUCACGGUUUUUCAAGGAGAGUAUUAACUUCUAAGGAACAAGUAAAAAUUUUGUCCUAGAAUGAUGACUCUGAAGAUAUAAGUUUCUAAACUUGAAGGUAAUUCUGGGAUAAAAGACAUAAGAUUGUUCAUAUUACUUGACGGAAGUGAUUGUAAGAAUCCGGUGCCACAGCUAAUUAAGCUGUGCAAUUCUUGGAUUUACAGUCACGGUUUUUUAAGGAGAGUAUUUGUCACCUACUUUAUGUUUGCUUCUCUCUAAACAAAAACGUUAGUACUAGAGAAUUGUAACCAAUUUUAGCUUUCAAUACUGCAGAAUCGCUGCUACUGAACUUUGACUGUACUGUAUGAUAGCCCCAGUUCAUGUUUAUUCCAAAAGCUGCAUAGUCAUUACCCUGAAUUCCAAAAGAUUAGACACCCUGUUACCGUAAAGUUGAAAAAAUUCAACCCGCUGAAAAGAUUCAGUAAACGUUAAUUACAUAAUUUCUCAAUUUAUUUUCAGGGCUAAACUGAACUCUAAUAAAUCAGCUUAAAGAAGCCUACAGAGGCUCUCAUCUGUUAUUUCAGCGUCAUUAUUGAACUUUGUGUACGGAAGGCUAAAAAAGAACUUAGCGGCCGGAAAUAUUAGCCUUCCAGAUUUGUUUACUCUUUGAUGUAUUUCCGGUUGACCAUAAACGUAUGUGAAAGCCGACAGUUACGUAAUGAUUCAGGAUUUUGGAAUGUUUUCCACCAUCGUUCUCGGUGUACUUUAUCGCUCUGUGUGGCUUCCUUGUUUAUGAUCACCGGGCUCGCGUAGCUAGCGAU